AUGACUACCACAUUGGAAACGUUUCAAUCUUUGUUUAAUGGAAAUACGAAAAAUAAAAGUUAUCGAACAGAUAGUGGCAAAGUUCAUUCGAUAGACUGGAAUGUUGAUGGAAGUCGACUAGCCAGUGGAUCGAUAGAUAAAAGUGUGGCCAUCUUUUCAUAUGAUGGCAAAGGUUCAAUGGUUAAGGAGCGUACUUAUCGUGAACAUGGAGAAGAAAUCAACCAAGUUGCAUGGCAUCCAUGUAUUUCACACAGUGUGGCAACAGCAAGUUCAGAUCAACUGGUGAAAAUCUUCGACACGAGAACGGAUCGAUCGAAUGCAACGAUUGAAACAAAAGGAGAUAAUAUCAAUCUUGCCUGGUCGCCUGAUGGUACAACGAUUGCUGUUGGAAAUAAAGAUGAUCUUAUAACAUUUAUCGACGUGAAAAGUUCGAAAAUUAUACACGAAGAGCAAUUUCACUACGAAGUCAAUGAGAUAUCUUGGGAUCGAACGGGAAAUCUAUUUGCUGUUACGACUGCACAUGGUACAGUAGUAUUCUUCGAUGCACUUGGCAUACAAAAAGACAAAGAUAAGCGUUUGGAAGAAUUACAUUGUCUAACGGCACAUACAGGCAACUGUAUUUGUCUUGAAUUCGAUCCAACAGGAAGAUAUUUUGCAGUGGGUGCUGCAGACGCAUCUGCAUCGAUUUGGGAUGUGUCUCAACUUGUCUGUUUGACUGUUCUUACAAGAACUGAAUGGGUUGUUCGUGGUCUCAGUUUCGGCUAUCAAUCGCAAUUACUUGCACUAGCAUCGGAAGAUCCGUACAUAGAAAUUGCCAAAGUUGAUACAGGUGAACGUGUCUUUGCAUUGAAAUGUGAUGCUCAAACAUUAACAGUCGCAUGGCAUCCGAAGGCACCGGUUCUUGCCUAUACUCUAGAUGAUGACUUGGGAAGUGUGCGUCUAUUUGGUGUGCUUGAUUGA